AUGGGCGCACCAGAUAGAACAGUUGGGUUACCAUAUCACUUAGGAUAUCCGUUAUUAUCAGCUACCUUAUUAGCUAUUGCUUCCUUCUCAAGUGCAGAUUCAGUCUGGUACGUUUCCAUAAGUACUGAAUCGCAAGUGAUCAGAUUCGCAUCACAAAAUUACUGUGGGUAUAACGUGUCAAAUUUAGUUAUAACAGGUAAAUUAGGUUGUAUAUUUAGAGGAUUUCAAUAUCAAUUACCUUCUGGCUAUUUUGGAUAUGAUAUUCCAGAUGAUAUCAAUUUGAAUUUUGGUAAAGCUGUAGUUACGAGUGUUGUCGCCUUCGCUCUCGUUUUGAUUACAGGUCUUCAUCAUGCUUAUACGAUCCGAUAUUCGUAUCGAAUUUCGCCUAUACCCAAUCCAGAUAAAUUGUAUAGUUUAGCUAUGAUUCAUUUCAUUUCAGUAUCAGUCUGUUUCAUGUUCACAUUCAUUGCAUUCGUCGCUCAGACAGCUAUCAUAGGACAUGCAGUUUCGAGAUCCAAUAAUAUCGUUACAGGUACAAGCAGUCAAGAUAUAGGUAAUGGCGUCGCUGUUUAUUGGGGUCAAAGCGUCUGGUUGGUUUUAGCUUCUGCCGUUAGUCAUUUCGGUUGGGGUUAUGAAGCUGUCAGAUGGAGAGUCGCUUUGAUAAAGUGA